CACACCCCCUUUUUGUCAAACUUGUGGGUUCCAAGCAAACUACUACCCACACAUACAUACAUACAUACAACUGUUCUAAAAUAACCUCACCCUUCUUUCAUAUUUCUUCUCACUUUUUUCAUUCGUGAUUGAUACAUCCAGCUUUCUUUAUGCAUAUUUGAUGCAUUUACAUAUGGGUAUGGUGAGUGAAUUCUAAGCCAAGCCUCAGGAUCAACGCAUUUGAUGCAUUUAAAUAUGAUUUAGGUAUGGUAAUGUGAAAAAGAUAUACGUUUUUCUUGCUUCCGAUUCAAUUUUAGCGGCUUUUCGGUUGUGGGUUUUGUGUCUUUGAAGUCUAGAUUGUGGAUUCUCAUCACAAUUCAAUAAAUUACAUAUAAAAUCAACACAGAUUGUGCUGAUUUUGUCGAUCCACAAACCCUAAUCUUGUGUUAUCUUCUGUGUGCAUAUGUUAAAAGGUUCGCAUUUUUCCUGUUGUAAUUCGAUUUGAAGAGGUUUUUUUAUUGUAAUUCGGUAUUGUGUAAUUGGUUUUGAUCAUCAAGAGAAAAGGUUUGGGUUUGGUUUUUGAAUGAUUAAGAUUUGUGAAAUUGUUGAUGAAGUGUGAGGGUGAGUGUGUGGGGGUAUUAGUGUCUGGUUUUCAAUCCGUUGCCGGAAAGUAUGGACCGCCGGAGUUGGUUAUGGCGGAGGAAGUCGUCGGAAAAAAGCCCCGGCGAAACAGAGAGCUCUGGAGGAUCCGUUUCAUCUCAUUCUGAGAGAUUUUCGGAUGAUCAGAUAUAUUCGAAUCAAAGUUCUCAAUCACCUGAAGUCACAUCGAAGGCUGAACUACCACCGGAAGAACUUGAUGGUGGCAUUAACGCUCUAUCUGAGAAAUUAUCAACGGCUCUUUUGAAUAUUAGCAUCAAGGAAGACAUGCUAAAGCAACACUCCAAAGUAGCAGAGGAAGCGGUCGAAGGGUGGGAGAAAGCCGAGAACGAAGUGUUAGCUUUGAGACAGCAAAGCGAGGUUCUAACGCUUCGGAACUCGACCCUCGAAGAUCGAGUUUGUCAGCUUGACGGAGCCCUCAAAGAGUGUUUAAGACAGCUUCGACAAACAAGAGAAGAAAGGGAUGAGAAGGUGGAUGAAGCUAUCGAAAAAAAAACUUCAGAAUGGCAGAUAACAAAAACAGAACUCGAAAAGCAGCUCGCUGACCUCCGUUCGCAGCUUCAAUCUGCCAAAAAGACCGAAGCUUCUUUGACCUCCAUUGAAACGGCUGAGAAAGAAAAUUCGGCUCUAAAGCUCGAGCUUGCUUCAAUGGCUGAGGAGCUCGAGAUAAGGUUUAUCGAGAGGGAGCUGAGCAACCAAGCUGCGGAACAAGCUAGUAAGCUACAUUUAGAAAGCAUAAAGAAAGCGGCUAAGUUUGAAGCCGAAUGCCGGAGGUUAAAUGCAGCCCUUAGAAAAGCAUUAGUGGCUAAUGAUCAAAGAUCAUUUACCGAUAGCCAAUCUAUCGUUGAAAGUGAUGAUUUCAAGUUUGAAAGUAACCAAACAACCCCUACAAUGGACAUCAAUCUCAUGGAUGACUUUCUUGAAAUGGAAAGACUUGCAGCAUUACCCUCAGAUCCAAGAGAUUCGGAACCAAUGAUCGAUCGAAGGUCUGAAAUUGAAGAGAUGUUGAAAAGGGUAGAAAUGGAAAAAACGAACCUUGAGGUCGCUUUAAACGAGCGUGAAAUCGAGCUUAAUACAUCAAAAAAUCAGCUCAAAGAUGUGGAGGCGAAGUUGGUGAAGAUGGAAGAUUUGUUGAUUGCUGCAAAUGAUGCAAGAGACACGGCGGAGAAAGAACUCGAAUCAGCAAAAGCAACAGGGAAGGCGUUACACGAGAGGGCAAAACGGUCCAAAACAGAGGUCGUGGAGUUGAAAAGUCAACUGGAUAUCAUUUGUAACGAACGGAGAGAAGCGGAAUCACGACUCGAGGAUGCUUACACAAAGAAAAGUGAAGCAGAAUCACGGGUUAGAACUUUAGAAUCAAAAUUAGAAUCGUUGGUUCCGAAAGUUGCUUCUUUGGAAACAAAGGUCGAAAAGGAACGAGCUUUAUCAGGGAGGAUGGGAGCCAAAUGUCGGGAACUAGAAGACGAGAUUUCAAGAUUACAACUCGAAAAUCAGUACCCGAAAGCGGACAUCCGAAAAGCGGAAAUGAGGGUAAAACAGGAUACAGAACUAGCGUUGGCUGGUAGUAAAUAUGCCGAUUGCCAGAAGACAAUUGCUUCUCUUAGUCGGCAACUAAAGACACUCGCGACUCUUGAAGACUUCUUGAUCGACACCAAUGAAUUCAACAGACGUAUUUAAAGAUGGGAGGAUUAAGAGUCGCCUUCAACGAUGUAAACUUUGCUUCUGCUCGGCUAAGUGAUGGUAAGAUUGCUAGUAAAGAAGUUUUGGUUAUGAUUGAUAUAUACGAAAGAGUGAACAACAUUAAAUUUUCGUUGUAUUCGGCCACAUUCAUGGUUAUACAAAAAAAAUCGAAACUUUCU